AUGAGCGAGGCUGAACCUAAUCCACCCAACCCACCUGGGGUCAAGAGACGACUAUCCCUUCGUCUAGGUGGAGGCGGUGCGGGGGAAAGUGUUAGUCCACUCAAACGCACACGGGUUAGAGAUGCAACUUCAAAGGAACUUGGUGAGCUUGUCUGUCUCAGGGUGAUGAUGAACAUCCCUGAUAGCGCGAUAGCCCCCGUGCCGACGAACCGAAACCGUGAUGUAUCUCACACUCACACCACUCUUUCAACAUCUUCUCUCACCUCUCCGAACAGCAGUAGUGACCACGACACGUCUACCGACAUCGACCCGCCUACGCGGGAAGGGCGUCCUGCUCCUCUCAGCGUCUCCAUCAUCCCGGCCCCCGCGGCCAUGUCGAGACAGGCUCGAGCCAUCUUCACCUCUCCAAGACAGACUGUACCCAUGUGGCAAACAGUUCAAUCCUCUGUCUCUGCGGGUGAAGAAGAUCAACCUCCAGCCAUGUCUUCCUCUCGAGCUCACUCUCGUCAACACCCCUAUACACUCUCCACCUCUGCGCCCCCUCGUGUCCCCAGUCCCCCGGGAUUCAGUCUUUCGACCGGUGCACCUUUGGUCAACCCUCCCGCCAAAACCCAAGCAGCGUUCGUGGGAAAGCUGUACGCAAUGUUGGAGGAUGAGGAUAUUCUCAAAACGGGAUUGAUACAUUGGUCGCCUGACGGAUCGAUCUUUACAUGUCCCAAUCCUACCGAGUUUGCCAAAGUUGUCCUGCCACGAUUCUUCAAGCAUAACAAUUGGCAGAGUUUUGUUAGACAACUCAACAUGUAUUCGUUUAACAAGGUUGGCAAUCCCUUCUCCCCAUAUACAUCUUACCUCCUCGCUGACAUAUCGCAGGUAAACGACGUGUUCGCUACCACUUCAGAUCCACAGGCGUGGGAAUUUCGACACCCCCUUUUCCGUCGGGGAGAACCUCACCUUUUGGCUAGCAUCAAACGCAAAUCCACUCGUCCGAACCAUGCCGACAAGGAGGCGACGUCUCCGGAAGAAGCGGAGACUCCACGUGCGGUUGCAGGCUGGAUGAGGGAAAGAGAAAGAGAUAGGGCACCGGGAUGGAGAAGCUCACCACCACCUCAGGAAUACGCAGGAAGGGUUUACGGAUACAACAUGCAAACUGGAGAGACCGUCGUUCCACGUCCUAGCGAACCUAAUCGUGGACCUUCUAGCCUCUCUCUCGACUCUCAUCCUCCUCUAUCGGCUUCUCUUCGACAACAACAAUCAGAAGCUCCAAGAUACCAUCCUGAUCCUAAUCGACCUCCUUUACCCCCACAACAUUUCGCGGGUUUUCCAGAAUCACCUUACUAUCCUCAACCACCUACUUCUCAUCCGUCACCAGCAGAAGCACUCGUUGCGCAAGUCACUUCCUUGGAAGAUCGCGUGAUGCGUCUGACCGAGUUGCUAAAUCGAGAAAGGGUGGAUCAUGCUCGUUCUUCCCUCGAUUUCGCCUCGUAUCUUUCAAAGAUUGCCGGUUGGAUAGGUGUACAGCAACCACCUCCGCCAUUGGAGCUACAUUCCCUACAAGACACGUUGACUCGCGCGAUCAGCGAUUAUCAACACCGUUACGAACAACUCAUGGCAUCCGAUGCGUUGGCUAGUUUGGCCAGUGGUGAAUUGACGAUUCGGGAUCAGAGGGAAGAGCGUGCUCGAGUACCACUUGAUCCUCCUCUUUCGGCCCGAGCUCCUACCCUUCCUGAUCCACGAUUGACCCAAGCCAACCCCACUCCACGCUCUUCCCCACUAAUGAUCAAUUUCCCCACCGGUCCACCUUCUCAGCCCACGUCUCAUCAACUUCAUCCUGCUCAUCCCACUCUACCCAACCAUCAAACCCUUCAGCCUCUUCAAUCACUUCAAUCAUCUCACUCACCUCCAGCUCAGAAGGAACAAUACUGCCUCCUCUAUCAGGAAGAAUGGAAGAGGAGCUCAAAAUAG